AUGCCAAUCUUUAAUUCCAUCAAUGAAUCUCUCGACGAGGACGAAUUGACAAUUUCUCAACAACGUCAAUUAGCAAUUCUUCGUAAACGAAGAGAAGACAGACUCAUCAUUCCAUCAUCAACAAGUAAUAAGAAAACAAGUCCUACAGGAAGUAAUAGUGGAAGAUAUUCGACAAAUUCCUUGUCUAGUCCUUCUGUGGAAAUUAGUCAACUUUCGUAUGAAAAUCAUUUGCUUUCUUCUCCAUCAACUUCAACAGGAAGGACCAGCCAUUCAAGUCCAGCAACAGAUAAACCAUCAUUCGAUUCGAGAGCCAGUUUCUCCGACUCUGAUUAUUGUUUCAUGGAUAAACAAGCUGUGGAAUUAUUGAAAAAUAUGGAAAGUGAAAUUGUGGAGAAGGGAAUUCUUCCAUUUCUUAAUGUUAGUGAUUUGUUAUCAUUGGGAUUGACUUCAAAGAAUCAACUUUCGAUAUCUUGGACGUGUUUGAGGAUUAUUAAUGAAAUUCACUUGAAGAGAUUUCCAAAUUUACUGUCAAAUGCCAUGAUUGAAGAUCAAAUGGAUCAUGUUAUGGCUAUUUUAAUGAUGAAAUUUUCGAGUAGUAAUACCAAUAGUGCAAAUAAUACUAGUAGUGGCUCAAUACAGACAACUGGUUCAAUGAAUAGUAGAAAUUCAUUGAAUGAUUCGUUUGCUUCAACAAGGUCAACUGGAAGUUUUGAUUUAAGGAGUUGUAGAAAUAGUUGGCGAUUGACUGAUAAUGCACCACUCACUUCAGCUACACUAGCCAGAAGAAGUAUCAUUAUUAAUAGUGCAAGUUAUGAUAAUAUUUUGAAUGCUUCACCUCAAAAAAGAAAUCACCAUGUGAAAUCGUCGAGUUUGGAUAAUUCAAUCCUUUCUCAAAAUGCUCAUACAAUACAUAAUUCAUCAACAAGUUCAGUUUUGAGUGCACAAUCGGUAAAUUCUGAACAUUCUCUGGUUUCUCCACCAAUUAAUGUUGGAUUAUCGGAUGGUCAACAUGCUUGUGGUAUUGAACCUCUGCAAGUUCAAGUUGAUAAUAACGUUAGUCAAUUUACCAAAUUAAUGACCAAUGUGAAGAGAAAGACCAGAAGGAAAAUAUUUAGAAUUGUCAUUGUAGGUGAAGAGAAUGUUGGCAAGACAACCUUUAUAGAAUCCAUCUUUGGAAAUGCCAUGCCAGUUGGAAAGGAACAUGGAUACAUUCCAACCGAACAAAUGCAAACCUACUGUCAUCCAUAUUACUUGUUGAAUGGUGAAAGGAUCGAUCUGGUUGUUCAUGAUAUUCCACACAAUAUUCCGGAUCAUUUCAAAUCAUCCAAAAGUGAAAAGACAAUGAAUGAAAAACUAUCUGAAAAUUCCAAAAUUCUCAAGAAUGCUAAAAAGAAGGUUGAUCUAUUCCUGUACUGUUUUGAUAUGACCAAUCAGGAUUCAUUACCUUCCAAAGAGAAUUCCUAUUUUAAAAAGUUUAUCGAGACGAGAAAUACACACUUUCCUCAAUCCAUUGUUGCCAUGAUUGGAUUGAAGCGAGAUGAGGUCGAUCACUAUCUGAGGGAAAAGUACAAAUUCAAGAUUGGACGAAGGAGAACGAUCACUGUUGCUGAUAUGAAUUUUGUUUCAUAUAUUCAGGCAACUGAACGAGCUCAAGAAUUGAAUGUUUUCAAGGCAUUCCUCGGAUGUUGUGAUAGGAAGAACAUGUUCAAUACGUUACACAUUUUCGAUAUGGGAAUCUCACUAAUGUAUAGUCAUAUUAUGAAGAAGAGAUUUUCAGAAUUUGAUCAUGCAAAUAGUAAUAGAAAAUCUGUCAAUUUGGGAAAUAUUACGAAUGAGGAGGAAAUUGUUUCGUCAGCUUCGAUGGUUUCGUACGUGGGAAAUGCUUCUUCAGCUUCAACAAGACGGGGAACAGUUCAUGGUGGAAAAAUUUCACAGACAGCUCCUUCAUCAUUUAGAUCGAGAGCAAGUGGUAGAUUAUCCAUUAUUGGAAGAAAGGUAAAUGAAAGCUUCCAAGGUCUUUUUGAAAAGUUUAAUCAUAAUUCGAAUAACAAUAAUUCGAACAUUUCGAGUGUAGAUAAGAGCCAACAAAAUGGUGUUUCACAUCACAGAACCAUUCCAUUAGAAGCUUAUAUUGCUAAUGACACACAGUCUACAAGAAGUCACACCUCACAAACCAUUUCAAUUUCUGAAUAA